AUGGCUGACACCUGCUGCUCCGGAACCUGUGUUCCAGCUGCAUCCACCGUGUCCAUCUGCUCCAGCAACAGGAGCUAUGGCAGCCGCAUCUGCCUGCCCAGCGUUUACACCGGCUCCUCCUGGGAGGUGGACAACUGCCCCGAGAGCUGCUGUGAGCCCCUCUGCUGCACCUCUACCUGCUGCCAGCCCACCUGCUGUGCCCCUUCCUGCUCCACCCCAGUGCCCUCCCUGACUCUCAUCUGCACCCCUGUGAGCUGCGGGUCCAGCCCCUGCCAAUCAGCCUGCACCAGCUCCUAUGAACCUUCCUGCUGCCAGCAGUCUAGCUGCCAGCCUGCAUGCUGCACGCCCUCCCCCUGCCAGCAGGCCUGCUGCGUGCCUGUCUGCUGCAAGCCUGUCUGUUGCAAGCCUGUCUGUUGCAAGCCCAUCUGCUGUGUGCCUGUGUGCUGUGGGGCUGCCCCCUGCGGGGCCCCUACCUCUGCCCCCUCCUGCUGCAGACCUUCCUCCUGCAUAUCCCUCAUCUGUCAACCAGUGUGUAAGCCUGCCGGCUGUGUGCCUGCCUCCUCCUGCUGUGCUCCUGCCUUCUCCUGUAUACUCCUGGUCUGCCGUCCCGUGCGUCCCCGCCUGUCCUGCUGUGGCCCCUCAUCUGGCCAGAAGUCCUACUGCUGAGUGGCUCAAACUUCUGUCGUUUGCAAGCUGCUGUCUUUGGUCUGAGCCCUGGAUCCCCCUCUGCCACCAGGCAGCUCACUGUGCAUGCCACCACCAGAGUCUGCUGUCUGGGGGAGGCCAGAUGACAAAGGCGUAGUCUAAAUUCAGAGUUCAAAGCACUUGAGAGGCAAGGAGCUGUGUUAGAAGAUACCGUCCAGAUGACCCCUG